UCCCGUCAGCUGACAUGAUUGUAGUCCUCAGGUCAGGGAGGAACGCAACAACAUGAUAUGAGUUCCUGGAACAAACAUGAUAACUGACAUCGAAAGUUUAACUUGGACAUUUGGAUGAUAAACCACUGAAAACAUGGAACACAUUAUAACGCCAAAGAAUUCUUCUCUAAAGUUUUCCAAAUACCCAAAUUUGAAGUGUUCCUUGGAUGCAAAUUUGAAAAACCCUGGUCAAAAAUAUAGUCUCCCAUCGUUGCCCAUCAUCUUAUUUAACACACUUGAUUAACAUCAUCUCAUUAGAAGAGCCUCCCAAGACCUUAACUACACAGAGGGACCUUCAAAACGCACAGUUCUGCAUGGGCACUUUCAUCACAUAAUAUUAUAUGGUCAUAUGAUCAUCAUAAAAAGUAUAAAAUAAUGAAUGCUGCAGCGUUUGGCCUUUUUGGAUGUUUCUGGCGGGACAUGGAGGGCUCUGCUCAAGGGAUGUCACAUGUUGAAUCAGCAAUACUACAGGAAGCUGACACCUCUGCCUGUUAAUAAAGAAUUAUAGGUGGAGCACGUGAAACUACUGAACAAGUAUCCUGAAAAGAAGUCAGCUCUGGGCACUCUCUACUUGACCGCUACUCACCUUAUCUAUGUGGAACAAACUAACAAUGCACGCGCAGAAACAUGGGUGCUGCAUCAUCACAUCAUGUCGGUAGAGAAGCUUCCAUUGACUGCACCCGGUUGUACGCUCCUGAUCCGCUGUAAAACCUUCCAGCUGCUUCAUCUGCUGUUCCAAAAAGAGAGAGAUUGUCAGGAUGUCUAUCAGUCACUUCUGCACCUCUCUCAACCAGUCAAAGAAGAUGAGCUGUAUGCCUUUCUCUAUACUCCACACCAAAACCAGGAGGACAGAAGACAGGGUUGGGAAUUCAUCAGUGUGGCGAACGACUUCAGCAGGAUGGGUCUCUCCAAUGAAUAUUGGGAAAUCAGCCCCCUCAACAAGAACUAUGAGAUCUGUAGCACUUAUCCAUCUAUCCUAGGACUCCCUAAAAAUGCCAGUGUUGCGGUAGUAACAGGCAGUGCCAAGUUUAGGAGCCGAGGGCGAUUGCCUGUUCUGUCUUACUAUCACAAAGACACUAAGGCUGCGAUCUGUCGCUGCAGUCAGCCUUUGUCGGGUUUGACGUCUCGCUGUGUGGAAGACGAACAGAUGCUUCAAGCCAUCAGCCAAGCGAACCCCAACUGCCCUUUUAUAUAUGUAGUGGACACACGGCCUAAGUUGAACGCAAUGGCCAACCGCGCAGCUGGUAAAGGCUAUGAGAAUGAGGACAACUACUCCAAUAUCAGGUUCCAGUUCCAAGGAAUCGAAAACAUCCACGUCAUGAGAAACAGCCUACAAAAAUUGCUGGAGGUGUGCUCUAUGAAGUCUCCUUCCAUGAGUGACUAUCUGACAGGUCUGGAGAACUCUGGCUGGAUGAGGCACAUCAAAUCUGUAAUGGAUGCAGGUGUGUUCCUCGCCAAGGCUGUCAGUGAAGAGAGGGCGAGUGUGUUAGUGCAUUGUUCUGAUGGUUGGGACAGAACGGCUCAGGUGUGCUCCUUGGCUUGUAUACUGCUGGACCCAUACUACAGAACUAUUAAGGGCCUCAUGGUUUUAAUAGAAAAGGAGUGGAUCUCUUUUGGUCAUAAAUUCAGUCACAGGUGUGGCCAUCUGGACUCCGACCCCAAAGAAGUGUCUCCGGUCUUCACCCAGUUCCUGGAGUGUGUGUGGCAGCUCUCUGAACAAUUCCCCUGUGUGUUUGAGUUCAACGAACGUUACCUAAUAGAAAUACACAAUCAAGUCUACGCCUGCCAGUAUGGAAACUUCAUCGGCAACUGUCAGAAAGAGAGGCUGGACAUGAGGUUGCAUGAAAAGACGUUUUCCUUGUGGCCACAUCUUCUGAAGAACCAGCAUCUGUAUCGAAACCCCUUGUACCGCCGUUCAUUAGAGAGCACUGUUCUGAGACCCAGCACUUUACCACUGCACUUCAAGUUCUGGUGUGGGAUGUAUAACCACUAUGACAGAGGCAUGCACCCAAAACAGUCUGUUCUAGACCAGCUGCUCUCCCUCACACAGAAGCAGGUGGAAGGAGAGAGAACCAUGACUGAAUUACAGCGACAGCUGGCUGUUGCAGAUGGAGUUCUCCCCGAUCCAUCCGGACCAAUCAGCACACCUACGAAACAGGACAGUCCUUGUGAGAAGACUCCCACCGCUCCUGUCGUCCAAUCAAAUGGAAGCUGCGCUUCUUUAAUUAAUGGAGACGCAGAAGAGGCGGUCCCAGGAGCUGAGAAGUGCAAUGAGGAAGAAGGGGCGGAGUCAUGAGCCACCGAACACGAUCUGACCUCCUUUGAGGACAAACCUGUUUCUGUGGAAACAGAACAUUCCAAAGAGGAGGUACAAGAAUCCUCUCGAGUCUCCAUAGUAACAGAACAGGACAUUCUGACUGAGACCCCAAAGAACAAAUGUCUGGAUUAUUGAAAAGAUGCAUAAAGUACUGUUUCCACAGCUGAAGCUGCAGCACACUCGUUUGUGAUUGUUUAUAUUGCUGAUUAUUAGAUUUCUAUUCUUGUGCCCUGUUAUACCUGUUCUGAACAUUUCUGCAAUGCUCUUUGUUUUUUGUGGACUUCAGUGUGUUUGAUGGCCUUCAGACCAUGAGGAUUGAAGCUACAUGCUUUGAGCGUAGACACAGAAUCAUCUUCAUUUUGUUUAAAUGCCGUUCUGAUCAAAUGUUGCCUUAUGUCUUUCUCUUUCUCUACAUUUUAAAGCCAUAUUUUGAUAAUGGUUCAUUGAGAAACACAAGCAGCUGAUGUGAAAUUCAUGUUGAUAAAGGGAAGAUAUUGUUAAAACAUGGAUCAAAUUGAUUAUCAGUUUUUUGCACAAAGGGCUUAGUAUUAUAUUUGUAUUGUUCCUUAAUGCAAACGCUGUUAAUUUCUCAUGAAAAUGAACACAGCUGAUUGAUUGCAAUAGGAUGCCACAUUGUUUGAGCCAAGCUCUAAUGCUAAACAAAAAAUUUGAUGUGCAUAAAAAUAUUCUAGGAAUAUUACAUAUUUCCUUUUAAACGAGCCUUUUAAAUUGCAUGUAGUUUUGCAAAGCAAUACUAUUUUUAAUGAUGUCUACCAGAUGUGGCAGCUAUGGAACUCCAGACAAGUUUUUCUUAUUAUGUGAAAUGCAAAACCAAUGUUUAAAAAUGCUUCCUUUAUUGAGAAGCAUUUGUUUACAUUAUUAUUUUUUGUUUAAAUUAGAAAUAAAAUCUAUUGAUAAAAUGUACAGCAAUAGUAAAAAGGGCAUUUUGAAAUAAGAAA